CUGACGGCAGAAGUUGCCGCCGUUCCGACACCAACUUUUCACCUCCGUAACACCUGCGAAUGGAUGUGCACUUCACUAAUGACAAGGUGAUUUGUGUCCGGUAUAUGUUCUCUCAACGGGACUAGUGGUCUCUUGGAGGUCGCGAUCGAAAGGUGCGAUGAAGCUGCUCUGCUGGAGCGUUCUGCUGGGAAUGCAAUGGAUUCUGCGAAAGGUGCACGGCUUGGAGAAACAGGUUGGCAAAUCUUUGGACUACCUGGAGCCGGGAGCAUCCGGGACCGUCUUCAAGACUCUUCCAUAUGGAGUUCCCGGUGGAGGAGGAACAGGUCCGACAGGUGGAGUCAAACCUCCGUACCAAACAUCCCGGAUAUUCUCCACUAUGGACCACAAACCCAUUAAACCAAAACCACCCACGUUCAGCUUCCAGAACCCGUACGAAUGGGUCCGAAACCAGUCGAUGCUCCUCGAACAAACAGGCUACCGACCAAAACGUAAACCAUCCCUCAAAACCUCCAUGAAGACUAAGAAGAUCUUCGGCUGGGGCGACUUUUACUUCAAUGUCAAGACCCUCAAGUUCAGUCUGCUCGUCACGGGGAAGAUCGUGGACCACGUCAACGGCACAUUCACCGUCUACUUCCGCCACAACUCCUCAAGUCUGGGAAACGUGUCCGUGAGCAUCGUUCCCCCAUCAAAGAUCGUCGAGUUUGAAGUUCUUCAGCAACCGAACCCUCUUCAUCCAGAGAUCCAGUUCCAUCAGCCGCAUCAGUCCACGAUCGACCCCAAAGACAUCAAAACCUUCAAUUGUCGCGUUGAGUAUGAAAAGACGGAUCGGUCCAAGAAGCCGAAACCUUGCCUGUACGACCCGUCCCAGACCUGUUUCACUGAGAACACCCAGUCGCACUCGUCCUGGCUCUGCGCGAAACCUUUCAAAGUCAUCUGCAUCUUCAUCUCGUUCUUCAGCAUCGAUUAUAAGCUGGUGCAAAAGGUUUGUCCAGACUACAACUUUCAGAGUGAACAUCCAUACCUUGGAUGAAGGAGUCGAGCGGGAUUUGAGAUGUUGUGAAGUGUUGUGGUUGCAGCCAUCAUCAUCGUUCCUCUUGAAGGAGCUGGAAUAAAUGAAACACCAUCAUUGGAAACAUUAUGUUGAUUUUCAGAGGUGUUUUUGAUCUAAGUUUUCUUUGUAUAGAAAGAACAACCAUUAUCUGUUCGUCUCUUAAAGGAACAGAUCUCCUAAAAUGUCAAAUUCUGUCAUCAUUUACUCACCCUCAUGUAGUUCCAAACCCGUAUUGUUUUCUUUCUUCUGUGAAACACAAAAGGAGAUGUGAGACAGAAUGUCCGAGCUUGAACUAUAUGGAAGGCCAAAUUACUCAAAAUUAAACAAUUAAAUAAGUAUUUAAAUAAUAAUAAUAACCUUUCAUACAUCAAGUGCAGCUCAAAGUGCUUCACAUAUCAGAAAUUAAAAGUCAAAGAUAGUGACUGCAUAAAAAUACAUUAAAAAAAAUUACAUUAGAAAUGUAUAUUAAAUGUAAAAAAAAUGAAAGUAAUAAAGAAAAAGAAAAGCACAUUCACAAAUACUGUACAUACACACUUACAUAUCAACCAAAGGCUAAUUAUAUAAAUAUAUGUCUAUAAAGGUUUAAAAAUAAAAUUGCAUAAAGAAAUAAAAAAAUAAAAAACAUAAAUCAUUAAAUUAAAUAAAUAAAUGUCCCUUGUAUUUCAUUUUAGGACUAGUUUACAUCCACCUUGUAAAUGAAAA